CCCGGGGCGGGGUGAUGAUGGCGGGCCUGUCGGUGAGGGACCCGGCGGUGGACCGCUCCCUGCGCUCCGUCUUCGUGGGGAACAUCCCAUAUGAGGCUACAGAGGAGCAGCUGAAGGACAUCUUCUCCGAAGUGGGACCCGUUGUCAGUUUCAGGUUGGUGUAUGACAGGGAAACGGGAAAGCCGAAGGGUUAUGGCUUCUGUGAGUACCAAGACCAAGAAACGGCGCUUAGCGCCAUGCGGAACCUGAACGGGCGGGAGUUCAGCGGAAGAGCGUUGCGUGUGGACAAUGCGGCCAGUGAGAAGAACAAAGAGGAGCUAAAGAGCCUGGGCACGGGAGCCCCCAUCAUAGAGUCGCCCUACGGAGACCCCAUCAAUCCCGAGGAUGCCCCCGAGUCCAUCAGCAGAGCCGUCGCCAGCCUCCCCCCAGAGCAGAUGUUUGAACUGAUGAAGCAGAUGAAGCUGUGCGUCCAGAACAGCCCCCAGGAAGCCCGGAACAUGCUGCUCCAGAAUCCUCAGUUGGCCUAUGCCCUGCUGCAGGCCCAAGUGGUGAUGAGGAUUGUGGAUCCAGAGAUUGCCCUGAAAAUUCUGCACCGGCAGACCAACGUCCCGCCUCUGAUUCCGGGCAACCCGCAGCCCGUGCCCGGCCCCGGGCCCAACGCCCCGAUGUCCCAGCAGAAUCCCGCAGCCGCCCAGCCUCAGCCCAUGGGUGGCCUGCAUGUGAACGGAGCACCUCCUCUGAUGCCGGCUCCUCUCCAGGCCAGUGUCCAAGCCCCAGGCCCGAUGGCAGCCGCGGUUCCAGGACCCGGCCCGGGCCCCCUGGCACCCGGAGGAGGGAUGCAGCCCCAAGUCGGUAUGCCGGGAGGCGGACCAGUGCCCCUGGACAGGGGACAAGGGACCCUACAACACUCGCCCGUGGGACCCACCGGGCCUGCACCCAUUGAGCGAGUUCAAGUGCCCAUGCCAGAUCCCAGGGCCCCGAUGCAGCGGGGACCCAUGCCUGCAGGCGGCCCGCCGCCCCGAGGCCUCCUGGGGGACGCUCCGAAUGACCCGCGGGGAGGGACCCUGCUCUCCGUCACUGGGGAAGUCGAGCCCAGAGGCUACCUGGGACCCCCUCACCAAGGCCCAGCCAUGCACCACGUCCCGGGCCACGAUAGCCGCGGCCCUCCCCCCCACGAAAUGAGAGGCGGGCCCAUGGGUGAGCCCAGGCCGCUGAUGGGAGAACCCCGGGGGCCCAUGUUAGAUCAGAGAGGCCCGCCCAUGGACGGCCGAGGGGGAAGAGAUCCCCGAGGGUUGGAUGCCCGCGGCCUGGAGACCCGGGCAUUGGAAGCCCGAGCCAUGGAGGCCCGAGGCCUGGAUGCCCGGGCGCUGGAGGCCAGGGGAUUGGAAGCUCGAGGCUUGGAGCCCCGUGGCAUGGAGACCAGGGCCAUGGAAGCACGUGGCAUGGAGGCCAGGGGUCCCGGGCCUGGACCCAGGGGUCCUAUGCCUGGGGGCAUCCAGGGUCCCGGCGGCCCCAUCAACAUGGGGGCGAGUGGCCCUCAGGGGCCCAGACAGGUUCCCGGCAUGCAGGGAGGAGGACAGCCCGGGGGCUUCAGCCCUGGCCAGAGCCAGGUCACUCCCCAAGACCAUGAGAAGGCUGCUCUGAUCAUGCAGGUCCUCCAGCUGACCGCGGACCAGAUCGCCAUGCUGCCUCCCGAGCAGCGGCAGAGCAUCCUGAUCCUCAAAGAACAGAUACAGAAGUCCACGGGGGCCCCGUGAGAGGUUCCACCGGACCCCCAGUCCCUGAGCAAGAAGAAGGGACGGGACCUGGCAGCUUCCGCAGCUCGACAAACAAUGGACGGGGACGACAGUGGUGGCGGAGGAGCUGGGGCCAGGCUCUUCCCCCGUUGGGGGCGGGCCAAGGAGACCUUGCCUAUUCUCCUUUUCCCUCCGUGGUCACUGUCAUUGGCAUGUGUCAGUCUGCAAAUAAACUUGGAAUGGGAAUUGGGUUCAGCCCCAUCGAC